UUUAUUUCCGUUUCUAUAUUUUGCUUGCAGCUAGCAUAAAAUGCGCUUAAAUUAGCGCAGAUUUGGAACAGCAGCCGGUAAUCGCAGUAGACAUCUUUAGUUGACUGAGUGCCCCAGCGACAGCAUGGCCCUGAAUCAGGGCAAGUACAAGCCGACAAUCUGUGCCAUCGACGAGGUGGACGAUCGCAGCUACAAGCUCCACACGGGCAACGACGAUGAGCGCGUCGGCCACGGCAGCAAGCUGCAGAUCGAGGGCAGCGAAACGGCUCCACUGACCACCAAUCAGCAGAAGCUGCACAUGGAUGAUGCUGGCCUGACGCCCAAGGAGUUGGAGGCGGCGCGCAAGGAGGCCCUCAGCGAGGUCAGUGGCGCGGGGGGCGGAGUUACGCCCACAGCGAACACACCGAACUCGACGCACGCAUCAGCGAAUGGACUGAGAGCCCUGCUGCUUCCAGGACGGCGCUCCUUCGAUGCACUGAUGAGCCUGUCGCGCAAGCGCCGCAUCCUCUACGUGGCCACCGCCUGCCUGUGCGCGCUGCUGCUCGUGAUUAUCAUCAUGCUGCUGGCGUUCUGGCCAGAGGUGCCGUUCCAUUUGCGUGCGCCGCUCUGCCUGCAGCGCGAGUGCGUCGAGAGCAGCCGGCAGCUGCUGCUCUGGGCGAACACGACGAAGAGUGCCUGCCACGAGACUUACGACUGGGCGUGCGGCAACUUCGCCGACGAAUACGCCAAUGGGGACUACUAUGUGAUCAAGCGCGGCGAGUGGAACUACAAGACUUACAAUGAGUAUCAGGAACUCAACGAACUGAACCGCUUCAUAUCCAUGCUGCCCAAUGUCGCUGAGCGAGCCUACGCCGUGGAGUCAACCAUCAGCAGUCUCUAUCGCAACUGCCGCGACAUCGAUGCCCUGGACAAGAGUCAAUCGGAUCUAUUGCUCAAGCAGGCCAUCAAAUCUGUGGGUGGCUGGCAGGCGAUUUCGGCAACGAAUCGAUUGCAGAACUGGGAGUACAAGAAUGCCCUGAAAUUACUGCAAACGAAGUUCGGGAUCUUUCCCUACUAUCGGGUCAGUGUGGAGAACAGCUACAAUGUGCCCUACGACUACGUCAUAACCCUGGACGAGGGCGAGGUGGGACUGCCGGACAAGUUCUUCUACGGCCCGGACGCCGACGAGGAGGUCGUGCGCGGCUAUAAGCUGCUCCUGCGCGACUUUGCCAUCAAUAUGGGCAUUGUGUCGCGCGAGGCAGAUCUGUUUGCCGAUGACAUCUUCCACUACGAGCGGCGCAUCGUGCAUCACAUCGAGUCCGCCAAGGGGCGUGGCGAGCGGCAGCAGAACAAGCUCAUCCGGCUGGCAGAGCUGAAGAGCAUCGCGCCAUCGCUGCCCGUUCUGGAGUCGCUGCAGGCCAUCUUUCCCAACACGCGAAUCAGUGAGGAGACGGAAGUGUUGGUGCGUGAUGUGGAAGUGUUUCACGAGCUAUCCACGCUGAUCUCCACGUCGGACAAGAAGCCCAUUAACAACUUCAUCAUCUGGUCGCUGGCGCGUCAAAUGUUGCCGCACCUGUCGAAGGAGUACCGCACGCUGGCGGAGCACUUUGAUCAUGCCAUCUAUGGACGCACGGCCAGUUAUCCACGCUGGCUGUUUUGCAGCAAGGUGGUGCGGGAUUGGGUGCCCUUUGCCGUGGACGCACUGCAGCAGCAGCCGCCCAAGCAGCAGUUCGAGGGUGCGGGGCGCGUGCGCAGCAACGAGCCAAACGGCCUCAACAAGACGACUGGCAACGAGAAGUUCCUCCAGUUGAUGUUCUACAGCUUGCGUAACCAGCUGCAGGAUUCGCUGGCGCAGGCCAGCUGGCUGGAGCCGACAGCGCGACAGUUCAUGCACAAGAAGCUCGCCGAGAUGCGGCUGCAGUUCGGCAUACCCAACGAGGUGCUCGAGCAGCCGGACUACAUCAGCAACUACUACAACGAUCUGCUGCUGAGCAACCUCAACUUUGUGGAGCACUUGGAGUCCAUUUGGACCUUCCGCCGGUCGCGCAUGGAGAACAAGUUGAAGACCUUGGGCAUGCUGGAUGUCAUUGUGUCCGAGAUGUACACGACGGAUCAUCCACAGCCCAUUGCCUACUCGAACAAGCUGAACAUGCUGCUCAUAUCGCGCGUGCUGGUGAACAACAACUACUACGACUAUCGCUAUCCUGUGGCCGUGAACUUCGCGCGCAUUGGCACGGACAUUCUGGAGACGCUGAUCAACAAUUUCCCCACCUUCCUGUUGCAGUUCAAUGCCCAGAGCACGGACAUAAGCGAUGCCGUGCCGGAGAUUGAGUAUGCCAAGCCGGAUAUCAAUUGUCUGUCCGCCGGCCAGCCGCCGCACCUGGUGCAUGAGCUGCGCACGUUUUCGCCGGAGGCGCUGAAGAGCUUCCAUGUGACACUGAGCGCCGCUCGGACGGCCGCACGAGCGCUGACCACCUUUGUGACGGCCAUCGAUGCUGGCACGGCCAUACAGGGCGCCGGCAUCGACCAGGCGGUCACCUACGAGGCGCUGGGCCUGACCCGGCGACUGCGUGUGCCCGGCCUGCGAUCCUUCAACGAGAACGAACUCUUCACGCUCGCAUAUAUGCAGCAGCACUGCAGCACGACGAUUGCGGACAAGGACUACGCGCGCAUCAAGCCCCAUGUGGAGCGGCAGCUGGCCGAGCGCUAUCUCUUUAAUGCCACCUGGCAGCACAUUCAAUUCCUGCCGCGCUCCACGAACUGUGCCGCCUCCGAGGUCAGCUGCUCCAAUCUGCUGUGAGGGCACAACUUGCCGCAUGUCCCCACGGAUACUGUGUGUACAAUUCCUUAGCUCAGCAACGUAUUUAUUGUACUUUUUUUUUAUACAAACAAGCACACACACACAAACAUAG